GGGUCGGCGUUGCCGCCGUCGUGCAGGACGCGCAGGGCAAAAUGGUCAUGGGCCGGCGCAAGGGUUCGCACGGCGACGGUGAGCGGGCAGCCCUGUACAUACAUAUAUCUUCGUUGAGAGUGCGCACAUCCUGACACAGACAGACACAGGCCAGUGGCAGUUCCCCGGCGGCCAUCUCGAGAUGGGCGAGAGCUUCUUCGCGUGCGCGGAGCGGGAGACGCUGGAAGAGACGGGACUGGUGGUCCGGGCGCAGAGGCUGCUCGCCGUCACCAACGAUGUCUUCGACCCGCGGUCAAAGCACUACAUCACCAUUUUCGUGCUUUGCCAGAGGGUUGACGAGACGCAAGAACCGCAGGUUCUGGAACCCGAGAAGUGCGAGUGCUGGACGUGGCAGAGCUGGUCCGACAUCAAGGCCGUGAUCGCUGGCCGAGAUGGGGAAAGCAAAGUUUUCCUGCCGAUCGUUAACCUGCUCCGGGAUUAUCCCGGGGUUGUGUCCGAGAUGGAGACAAGCCGCUUGAACCCGAACUGAAUCCCGGUCGGACCCGUACAACACCCGGCUUCUAAUAUAUAUACUACACAACUAGGCAGAUAGUACGAUCCUCCAUUUAGCUAUAAAGCAGGGGCCUUCCUUAAC